GAGGUUUGGGCUGAAGGCGCCCCUGUGGCCCUCGAGGUCUCCGGCGCUGACGCCGACGCCCAGCGGGGUUUCGGGGUGGCUCGGGCAGGGCUGGCCGUCGCGGGCCUGGGGACACACCGGCCCCAUAGCCCGGGGCCGCCUGGGGUGAGCCAUGCCCCGAAUCGCCGGAGAGCGCCAUGGGCCAGGGCGGGAAAACCCGGAGAAGCUGGAGUCCCAGCCCGGCCCCGCGCGGCCUGCCAAGGGCACCAAGGCCGGCGGCAAGACCCGGGACGCCGGCAAGGCCGAGAAUGCCGAGAAGGCGGAGAAAAUACCUCUGUAUCUGGCAAACUUACCGACGGCCCUGAUAAAGUUUGGCGGUCUUCAGAAACAGAAAAUAACCAAUAUCCUCCCCAUGACCGAGAAGCCACCCAAAACGGAAGUCAGCGUGGAGGGGGAGCCCUGUGCGUUAGGCCCUAUAGUGAUCCCCUGCUGUCAGGUGUUCAACAACAUUCGCUGCUAUAUGGUUUUCUACUGCGUCCUGGUCCUGUCUCAAGGUAUUUUGUUUUCUCUUGUAGACUUGAGCAUUGACAAUUUCCAAAAGGACUAUAAUCUGAAACUCAUUGAAAAUUUUGCAUUGGCAUUCAGUUAUGAUAUUUCAUCUGGCCUGGUAGCAAUAUUUGUAGCAUUCUAUGGAGAAGGGAAUAAGAGAAUAAAAUGGAUUGUAGUUUCCUCCUUUUUAAUAGGAUUUGGAUCACUUUUAUUUGCUUAUCCAUUCAUUAAUAGCAGAUAUAAUCAACAGAAGGUAGAAAUUGAAGAUAUUUGCAAAGCAACAAAGGUUAUCAGUCCUUGCCGGAAAAGCAAAUCAUCUUUCAAGUUGAAACACCUAUCUUACUUCAUUCUUGCGUUGACUGUGCAGGGAAUAGCAGGAAUGCCUCUUUAUAUCCUUGGAAUAACCUUUCUUGAUGACAGCGUUAAAACACACUCACUUGGUACCUAUAUAGGUAUUGCAGAUGCUUCAUCAACACUUGGAUAUGCUUUAGGUUAUGUGAUAGGAGCACCACUAGUUCAGGUCUCUGAGAAUAAUACUUCUGAGAUAAACGCUGAAAACGGUAAUGAUAAUCCACAAUGGAUGUGGUCUUGGUGGAGUGAUUUUCUUUUUACUGCUCUUGUUGCAUGGUCUACAUUAAUACCAUUGUCAUGCUUUCCAAACAGUAUAUCAGGUACAGAAGAGAUAAAGGCUAAGAAACAGAAAGAACCUCAAUUCCUUUAUAUCAGACUUAAAGAUACAGAAGCUCCAACAACUAUCAAGAAUUUGCCUGCUGCUCUUUGGAUUCUGAUGAAGAAUCCAGUAUAUAUGUGCCUAGCUCUGUCUAAAGCUACAGAAAGUUUAGUGAUGAUUGGAGUUUCUGAAAUUUUGCCUAUCUAUAUAGAAAAUCAGUUUAUAUUAACACGCAGUUUCGCAACUAUGAUUGCAGGACUUGUUUUACUUCCAGGAAGUGCACUUGGCCAGCUUCUGGGAGGUAUCAUUGUUUCCACAUUAGAAAUGUCUUCUAGAGCCCUUAUGAUAUUUGUAAUAGUUACGUCUGCUGUAUCACUUACACUGCUUGGGUUUAUCAUUUUUGUACGCUGUGAUCCAGGGAAGUUUGCUGGGAUCACUGAAGACUAUGAUGGAACAGGGCAGUUGGGAAACCUCACAGCUCCUUGCAAUGAACAAUGUAGAUGCUCAUCUUCAGUUCAUAGUUCUAUAUGUGGAAGAGAUGAUAUUGAAUAUUUUUCUCCCUGCUUUGCAGGCUGUACAUAUUCUAAAAUGUUAAACAAACAAAGGAUGUACUACAAUUGUUCUUGCAUUAAAGAGGGAUUAAUAACUGCAGAUGGAGAAGGUGAAUUUAUUGAUGCCAGACCUGGAAAAUGUGACGCAAAAUGCUAUAAAUUACCUUUGUUCAUUGCUUUUAUCUCUUCUGUAAUUAUAUUUUCUGGCUUUUCUGGCGUACCACUCACCAUGGCCAUCAUUCGGAUUUUACCUGACAAACUGCGUUCUCUGGCCUUGGGUGUGAACUAUGUGAUUGUGAGAAUAUUUGGGAGUAUUCCUGGGCCACUAGCUUUUAAAUUUUCAGGAGAAAAUUCUUGUACUUUUCGGGAUAUCAGUACAUGUGGACGCACAGGACGUUGCUGGAUCUAUAACAAAACAAGAAUGGCCCACCUAUUGGUAGGAAUAUGUUCUGUUUGCAAAAUAUUGACUAUCACCUUUACUAGUAUCGCAUUUGUUAUAUUCAAUCGGUUUUUAAAGAAAGACUCUCACAUGUCACCUACACCUGUGAAGAAAAUGAAAGCAAAAAGAAAAAACAAAGAAAAGAAGUGAUUUGUUACUGGAUCAUCAUUGUAUGCCAAUGUGAAGGAGGGAUUAUUCAUAUCUUGCUACACAUUUUUCUUCCUCAACUUCAACAUGCAUUUUGAAAAUCUAUGAGUUAAUCUUCACGUGAAACUCUACUUGAUUGCUUGACUCUUUGAACCAGCAGGUCUGCCGAACAUGUGAGGACCAGAGUGCAAAAACAGAAGUUUUCUCCUUUAAAGAUUCUACAAGAUUUAUUGCUGUGUUGAACUUUCAAAAGAGAAAAAUGAAGUUUACAUAAGCAGCAAAAAUGUAUUUAUGAUGAUCUACAUUUUCGUAAUAAA